AUGCGGAGCGCGCCGAGCCGGGGCGUCGCGGCCCGCGCCCUGGUCCUGGCCGGCCUCUGGCUGGCCGCCGCCGGGCGGCCCCUGUCCUCGGACGCCGGGCCGCACGUGCGCUACGGCUGGGGCGAGCCCGUGCGCCUGCGGCACCUGUACGCCGCGGGGCCCCCGGGGCUCUCCAGCUGCUUCCUCCGCAUCCGCCCCGAGGGCGCAGUGGACUGCGCGCGGGGCCAGAGCGCGCACAGUCUGGUGGAGAUCAAGGCUGUCGCCCUGCGGACCGUGGCCAUCAAGGGGGCGAACAGCGCCCGGUACCUCUGCAUGGGCGCCGACGGCAGGAUGCAGGGGCUGCCUCAGUUCUCGGAUGAGGACUGCGCCUUCGAGGAGGAGAUCCUGCCCGACGGCUACAACGUGUACCUGUCCAGGAAGCACCGGCUCCCGGUGUCCCUGAGCAGCCCCAAGCAGAGGCAGCUGCACACAGGGAGGGGCUUCCUGCCGCUGUCCCGCUUCCUGCCCAUGCUGCCCCAGGACCCCAUGCAGCCCAAGGGCGUCCAGGACUUCUUCCACUGGGAGGUGUUUGCCUCGCCCCUGGAGACGGACAGCAUGGACCCUUUCGGGAUCGCCACCAGGCUGGGGAGGGUGAAGAGCCCCAGCUUUCAGAAGUGACGGAAGUCCGGGCCCCCUCCCGCCCACGGAGGCAGGUCCUGGCCCGGGCCGCCU